AUGAAGGGAGACACCUGGGACCCCUGGAAGACGUGGAACGACAGCUCAGUAUCCUGGGAUCGAACGUGGAGUCAGAUGUCCAACUGGGGUGCUUGGAGGUGGCCAAACGAGGACGACGACUCGGGGGGUUCGGCAGGCAAGUACGAGUUGAACGGCAAGGACUGCUUAGGCGGCUCCGAGACGGACUCAGAGAGGUCAGUGCAGUCGAGAGGGUUCGGCACACCAGAGCAGGUGAAGAAGAUGAUGGCAGAGGUGCACGGAAGACUCGAGUCGGGCAGGGAGUACGAGCAACACGACCAGCGACGUGGAGGCCGUAAAGGAAAGUACCCACCUUGCCCGACCUGGGAUGGAAAGGACCUCAGCGAGUGGCCAGAGAAGAGGCUGGCCAUAGACAGAUGGAGCAGAUUGACGGCAGUGCCACCUGAGGAACAAGGCGAGACCCUGCUGCUGCACUUGACCAAGGAGGCGGCGACUGCGACACGGCACCUACGACCAGGUUCGGUGCAGUACGCAGGCGGUCUACAAGCAGUCAUUUUGGCAACGGACACGCUGGCGUUCCCAGAGGCAGACGCGGAGACCUUCCAGCAGCUGGAAAAGACUCUCUUCGCGACCCCUAGGGCGAGAGAAGAGACGCUGAUGAAGUUCACCAAUCGAGUACGAGCAGAACAGAAAGAGUUAGAACGGCUACCCCCCAACGCACUGAGCGACACGGUCAUGGGUUUCUUGCUAUUGAGAGGAGCGGGUCUGGCCAAGACGGAAAGGGACCAGGUUCUCAUCCAGACGGGCUACGACUACAACGUCAACAAGCUGGUCUCGAUUCUGAAGCGGAUGACGGACGACAGCACGGUCACCGAGAAGAGCACACCGACAAAAGGGGCAUACUUGGCGGGAGUUGACGAGGACGAGCCCCUGAUGUCCGAGGAUGGUGGAGCCGAGAGUGCUGUGUGCGACGCGAUGGCCAACCUGCUCGGGAUCGACGACGAUGGAACACCCGACGCACAAGAACCAGUUGACGAUGGAGAACGGAUCCUCACGGAGGUCGAGGCGCUCGACUGCCUCGCGGCCAUCGUCCCACCACCGACGAAGCCGCGGACGUGGGGCGAGGCUCGGAGGAUUGUGGCGGACACGAAGACCAAUCGGGGGUUUCGCAACCUGCAGGACGGCAAGAAGCUCAACGACAAGAUAGAGGACGACGAGAUCUGUAGCUACAUAGCGACAGAGGCGAAGAUGGCGUCAAGGUCGAACCUAGUAGAGCACAUCAACCUGGCGAUCGACAUCAAGACGUCAGGCAAGCCAGGCUGGGGAGCACUCGACACGGCCUGUGGUUUCAACAUGAUGGGGCUGGACACCUACGCGAAGUGGGAGGUACAACACAAGAAUGAGCACGGCAUCACGCUGCAGACGAUCCCGUACCAUAAGAAGUACAGGUUCGGCAAUGACCAGAUCUGCACGGCGACGGACGGGGUGAUCAUCCCGAUCAUGCUGGGCGACUUUGUUGGCAUCAUUUUUGUGUGCUUGGUGCAGGGAGCGGCUCCACGUUUGUUGUCUAAGACAUUUGUCGUGGAGCUGAAGGCGUCCCUCCAUGCAUUUCAGUCGGAGCUGGAUCUGCCUGAGCAGAGCCUGCGACUCCCCUUGGCACACGCUGGAGGGGAACACUUUUUGCUGCAACUGGAUAACUUCACGAGACCGUGGAGUAAGCCUGAAGGCUGGACACUGUGCACAAAGGAGGUUUCUAUGGAUUUCAGUUCCAGGACCGAGUAUAAACAUCCCUCCACCUUCCUCAUCUCCGAGCACUCGUCUUCUUUCAUGCAGCAGAAGGUGUCGCCGCUCAGGGAGCGGCAGUCGGACGCCAACAAGAGCCAGGCCAAGACGACGGCGCCGAAGUUCAAGUGGCCCUGGCACGAGGUCAGCUCGGAGAGCCGACCGCCCACAGGAGUGAUGAUGUGUCGCCACUACGGUGUGGAGAACCAAGGACCUCGGACCCCAGCUGUGGGCACGAGGGCCAGAGAUCACGACCCCAAGAAGGAGCAUUCCUGCCUUCACGAGUUCACUCACCACGGCGGGAAUGCGAGAGCGUUCUGGAGCCAGUGCAGCGGAUGCAGGCUACACGUGGAGUUCUACCCCCAGGGAGCUCCCAACAUGAAGGAGAUCUGCGAGCAGCUCGAGGAGUACAAAAUGCUGGAGGCGGAGAUCAAGGAGCCGGAGGAUCAGAUCGAGGGUCUGACGGAGACGGCCGAGCAGGAGGAGUGGGAGACGCUGGGCGAGGAAGUGCAGGACCAGUCACCUCGGAGCAAGGCUCUGAUCGCCUUGAAGGAGCUGCUGCAGGACGAGAACGCCAACGCAACGACCAACCAGCUGGUGGAGAACCUGCGCGGCCACCUCGGGGAGCGGAAGAUCAGCAAGACACUCAAGGUGUUAGGCAAAACGGACAAAAUGAGGGAGGCCAUGGAGGACGCGAUUCCAGAGUGCACUGCUUUCCUCGGCCAGCUAGACGAGCAGGUUCACGAUGACGACGAUAUGAUGGAGACUGGCGGGGUUCCCUUGCACGAAACUACAGAGCGGAAGCACGUGAUGGUCGUGGCAGGACAUCACUUACUAGUGAGGAGCGGGCAGAAAGAGGCGUGGAGCAUGAUCAAGAGUGCGAGUCCCUUACUCGUGAUCAUCAAGCCGCCCAAGGACAUCUACAACAAGAAGCUCAAGGAGAAGAUCGGCAGGGACGCGACGACCUUCAUGUCGGACAUGGCGAUCCAGCAGGCGAUUAACGGCAGGUGCUUCUACUACGAGGAGGAGAGCUCUCGAGAAUGGGACGACCCACUCAUCCAGAAGCUGAGGCGACUUCCCGAGGUCUUCUCGGGGAAAGCUAAUGCACGAGGACGGGCCUGUUUGACCAACCUGCCUGGCCAGGCAUCAGAGUACGGGAAGAUGCUGAGUCAGGAGUUCGUGCAGGGCUCUCUGCAGAGCAAGCUGGGGGACGUGCCGAUGCCCCUGCAGGAGCUUACUGAAGCUCUGGCACGAGCUAUCGUGAAGGCCAGGAUGAGCGAGCUGGCGACCGUCGAGACGAAGAUGGCUCGCCAGGCCUUUAUCGAGGCCGCGCAGCAUCUGGUCUGUCCAAGCUGUGAGGCAAACAAGCGUCCUAGGCUGGCCAAACCGCCCAAGGCUCCCACGACCUACCAGUUCAACGACGUCAUCGGCAUGGACAUCUUCUUCGUUCUAGGUCCCGAGAACACCACCAAGGUGCCGAUGCUCAACAUCGCGUGUCACGGGACGGGGCGCCGAGUCGUGGCACCGCUACCGAGCAGACAAGGUCAGCAGAUCAGACGACAUUAUCGUGCUUUCUGGAAGCGGAUGUACGGCACUCCCAGGAUCAUCGUGAUAGACGGCGAGAAAGGUUUUUCAACAGGCGAGUUUCCAGACGCAGCUGAAGGAGACGGCACCGGGGUGAAGGUGGCGAGCGCUACCUCGCCGUGGCAGGCAGCCAUGAACGGAGACGCCGAGCUUGCCAGGAGCAUUGACAUGCGCAAGGCAGCCAUGGCAGCGUACAUCGAGGCGGGGGAGACAUCCGCCUGGGAGCAGAUCGACCACACGAUGAAGGAGGAGGUGAGCACCGAGAACCGCGGAAGGCGCAAGUACGAGGACCUGACCAAGGAGCCCUCACCAACUGAGGACCAGGACGACGUACCUCAGACAGCACCUCCAGAGCCAGCAGGGGAUGAUCAACCAGCGGCCUCCCUGGAGCCACCGACGGUGGAGAUCGAGCACUCAUCCGAUGUGAGGGCAGAUCCCAUCCCCAUGGACACGCAGUACUACGAUCACCUCGACGAUGUACCGAUCACCAUCAAGCAGGCUCUAGUUAACCCUGACGCGGCGAUACCGGUGGCACAACGUAUCGCGACCAUCGAGGAGAAGAUUCAGAAGGACCAGCAGGCUCCUCCCAAGAAAAAGAAGGGAAAAGCUCAGGGCGCCACCAGCGCUCUGCUGACUAGUGCAACUCAACGAGGACGCAAGGAAGUCACGGAGAAGUCUCUCGUGAACACCUACAAGUACCAGCCGUGCAUCUCAGCCAAACGCAGGGAGUGGGGCAAUAUACAGAAGGCGGGUGCAGUACGGGUUCUCCCUCCCGAAGAGGCAGAACGAGUUCGACAGGAUCCUGCAUUGACCACUCGGAUCAUGGGCUCCAGGUGGGUCCUUACGGACAAGGACGGCGACUCCAACGAGACCGACGCGAGCAAGAAGCCCUUGCUCUUCAUGAAUGGCAACGACUGGAGGAUGGCCAAGGCGCGAUGGACCGUCCAGGAACACACCGACCCUGACCUGCUGGAGCUUGAGACCUACAGCCCAGUCGUGGGUAAGGAUUCGGUUUUCCUCAUCCUGCAGAUCUUGUGCACCAAUAAGUGGACGCUGCAGCUUGCGGGCAUCACGUCGGCCUUCACAGCAGGAGACCCACUGGACAGGUCUCAGGGCAGGCUUUUUGUGGAGCUACCACGGACGGGUAUACCAGACGUGGAAACGGGCUCUGUGGUGGAGUUACUCAAGGCAGUAUAUGGACUCGGAGACGCUCCCGUACAAUGGCUGGCAUAUUUCACAAGUUAUGCCAAAGAACUCGGUUUUCAGUGCUCCAUCUUUGACGGCUGCGUCUUCUACCUCAGGGGCGAAGAGGGCUUGCGCGGCGUCAUGGGCCUCACGGUGGACGACAUCGUGGGCGGUGGCGACCAGAAGUUCGACGAGGCCUGCAAGAAGUUGCGUCAGAAAUUCCCCUUUGGGGCCUGGCGUCUCAAGAAGGGGAAGUACACAGGCAAGGAGCUCGAACAGAACGACGACAACACGGAGAUCACCAUCUCUCAGCGCCAGAGCUCCGUCAAUAUUCAACUUAUCGACAUCGCCACAGAGAGGCGUAAGACGCCUCAGUCACCAGUGACGCCAGCAGAGCUGCAUCAGGCACGGAGCCUGUGCGGCUCCAUCUCAUUCCUGGCGCGGGAGAGUCGUCCCGACCUCUCUGGUCCUGUCUCUCUCUUGCAGGGAAAAAUGCCGAAUCUCACCGUGGACGACUUGCUGGAAGCAAAUCGUAUCGGCCGCAUGACCAAGGAGUUUUGCGACGUAACACUCAAUGUACGACGCAUCCCUUUUCACGAGCUGGCCUUCGCUGCCUUCAAUGACGCGGCCUGGGCCAAUGCACGGGAUGGAGCUUCACAAGCAGGAUACAUGGUGUUCGCUACGCAGCGUAAGAUCUUGAAGGGCGAAGCGGCCACCAUCUCCAUCCGAUCCUGGAAGAGUCACACAUUGAAGAGGAAAUGUGCUCACCAGUUUGGUGCGGAGACGCUGGCCAUAUCGGAGGGCAUGGCUAUGGCGGAGUUCAUCAGGACCAUGCUGCUGGAGAUCGUCGACUCCGAGUUCGAUCUGAUGCGUCCCUACCUACUCGCUGGUCGUUUUCCCGUCAUCAGUGUGACCGACUCCAGAGGCGGUUACGAUCACGUUACCAAUCCGAAGGCGGGACCGGCGGAGGACAAGAGGGCAGCAAUCGACGUGGCCAUCGUGCGCUCAGCGAUGCAGCGACCUCAAGUUCAUCUGCGAUGGAUCGAAAGUACCAGUCAGCUGACCGACCCGCUCACCAAGCGCAAGGGCGAGAGUACGCUACUUCGACAUGCCCUGGAGUUGGGCGAGUACGACAUCACUGCGGACAGCAUCGUGCUAC